AUGAGAACUUCCAGGCUGGGGAAGAGAGUGAGAUUUGAUUUAUGCAAAUACAAGAAUGCAGACCAAGCAUGGGGACUUAUGAGAAAGGUGGAGGUAUUCACCAAGAAAUAUCAGGUUAUGUUGGUCGUCCCCAGUAGAAUUGCCGAACCAGACACCAUUGUUAUGAGCCCAAAGGCUGCUGCAUGUAGUGGCCUGGCUCAAAAAAUAUCCAAACAUAUCACCUGGAAAACCCACAUCUACAAUCUGGUUUACAAAGGACUGAAAAUGGACUUACAUGUUGACUCCCUUUCUAUCUAUGCCAAAUUGAAAUCUAGCAGCGGUUGGUGCGAACAUGGAUUCGUCUCAGGAAUUUGGAUCUCAAUCUCAAAGUUCAUCUCAAGGAAUAACUUCCGGAGUAAAGUCUGGAGUGAGGAAGAGGCAAAAGCGAGAAGCCCCUAUCAGUUAUGGAAGACUUGUAACAUUCGAAGUGUCAUGUCUCGACUCUUCCAGCUUCUCAUUGUGACUGAGAAGCGAGAAACAGCUGAUGCCAUAUUUGAGAUUUUAUACAAGCAGUGUCAAAUGGAAACCUGGAAGGUCAUGCCAACGGAUAUUGCCACUGCCUUUAAGAACAUUGGUGUCAAUGUUCCUGCGGACAUAACAUUGUGUCCAUGGUUAUCCAUGAUGAGGAGUGAUGAUUUUGGAAUGAUGUCCACUGCCACUCUUAUUGAGCGAAUCAUCAUGUUUCUGAAACUGUUACAAUUGAAUAUUCCCACUUGGGAGGAAGAAUUAGCAUCAGAGUACCUUCAAAUCUUGCUCUGUGCUUCUGUUCUAACCAUCUUUCGUCAUUUUAAAGUCCGCUCAGUCAUGCAGAUGACUCUUAGUAAGCUCUUAUGUACCUUCUCUGAAUCUCACUUGGAUCUUGAGGAAGCCAUUGUAGUGAUUCAUGCUGCCAAUGCUACCAAGGAGGACUACAUUUAUCUGUUGUCCCUGAUUCCAAAAUCUGGUUCAGGGCAUCUACUCUCCCAGAUUCUGGCUUUUUUUGCCUUACAGCGCAUCUUAGCCCCUUUGGAAGAAGCUUGCAUUCAGCCAGAUGUAUUACCUGAAGAUAUAUAUAAUCUUCUUGAGGAUUCAAAUGUCAUGGCAUUAUACUUAGAAGAUAGAAUUGCUGUGACAAGUCUUGUUGACCAUGCAAUAGGCACCAAGAGGUUCUUUACUGCUGCUGAUAAUGGUUUCCUGAAAAAGAUCAUCAGCUCAUUUGAGAAUCUGUACACCAAACUUUGGUCUCAGGUGAUGGCUGCUCGACAGAUUGAACGAAGCAAGAUGUAUGUUGGCCUUCUGAAUUCCCUUCUCUUGGCAACUUCUCGAUGGAAUAACCUUUGCAGAACUUCUGAAGAUGAGUCAUUCAUGGAUAUUGAUGGGAGUAUAGAGAAGCAGAGGGAGGCAACCACUCCUGUGCAUGUUGCACUUGUCAAUGCAAAGAAGUCCUUAUUGGCAGAGCUCAGACUGAAUAACAUCAGUCUACCUGAUGAUGUUCCAGCUGUGAUAGUGAUGUCAUAUUGGAGAAGUGGCACAUCUUUCCUGGGCUCCAUCAUCGAUCAAUAUCCUGAAUUGUGGUGCCUGAAUCAUCAUGAUUUAAUGAUGAAAAAUUUUCAAACAACUAGAGGAAAAUGGAGACUUGAUUCCUGCUACCUCUCCAAGGACUUGGAAUAA